AUGAAGGGCCUUUUGAGAGGCUUAAGAUACAUUUCUCAAAUAUUCGAUAAUGAUGAGAAAGAGCCUGAAAUGCAGAUUGGUUACCCCACAGAUGUAAAACAUGUUGCCCACAUAGGAUGGGAUGGUCCCUCUGUGAAUUCUCCAAGCUGGAUGAACGAGUUUAAAGCUCCCACACCAUUCUCAUCGGCCCCCUUAAGUCCCAAUGGAGACGUGAAGGAGGACGGUUCUGUAAAAUGGGUAUCUGAAGGUUCAAGUCGAAGAGGUUCGCGGACACCGAGUUCUCCAGCAGGGGCGCAUAGUUCUCCAGUAGGUUCCCCUACUCGGGACCUGCCGGAAUUGCCGAAAUCAUCUAGACGGCCUUCAUCAACCGGUACAUCAGCUGAAUCUCUAAACAGGGAAAAAUCUGAUAAACCUAAACAAACUAGGCGGUCUUCACGAAAUGGCACCAAAGAACUGGAUGGUAAUAAAACAAGUCGGAAUCCUAAGGAUCAUAGUGGAGGAAUCGAGUCACCCUCAGAUUUACCUGACAUACCGAAAAAGAAUCGGAGAAAGAAGUCAAAAGAUUCCUCUGUUGGGGGGUCGACAAGGUCAAAAUCUAAAGCCCCAGCUUCGGAGGGGGACGGGGAAUCGGAAAUGACUGCCAGAUCUAGUAACAGUCAUGACCAGCAACGUCAAACCGGAGCUUUAAGCCCUUCGCGAGAUGGUGAAGAGAUUGGAUUUAGUGGAAUUUCUUGA